GGCGGAGGCCCAGAGGUGCACCACGUGGGGUUGCCGCUGGAGCUGACUCUGCGGCCGGCGUCCAGUUCGGGUGUAGGAUUGAAGCUGGAACCGUGGAGAUGCGGAAGGAAACUCCGCCUCCUCUAGUGCCCCCGGCGGCCCGCGAGUGGAACCUUCCUCCGAAUGCGCCCGCCUGCAUGGAACGGCAGUUGGAGGCUGCGCGGUACCGGUCUGAUGGGGCGCUGCUCCUCGGGGCCUCCAGCCUGAGCGGCCGCUGCUGGGCCGGCUCCCUCUGGCUUUUCAAGGACCCCCGUGCGGCCCCCAACGAGGGCUUCUGUUCCGCUGGCGUCCAGACAGAGGCCGGAGUGGCAGACCUCACGUGGGUGGGGGACAGAGGGAUCCUCGUGGCUUCUGAUUCAGGUGCGGUUGAACUGUGGGAGCUGGAUGAGAAUGAGACACUUAUAGUCAGUAAGUUCUGCAAGUACGAGCACGAUGACAUCGUGUCUACCAUCAGUGUCCUGAGCUCCGGCACGCAGGCUGUCAGUGGUGGCAAAGACUUCUGCAUCAAAGUUUGGGACCUUGCCCAGCAGAUGGUGCUAAAUUCAUACCGAGCUCACGCAGGGCAGGUCACCUGUGUCGCUGCCUCGCCCCAUAAGGACUCCGUGUUUCUUUCGUGCAGUGAGGACAAUAGAAUUUUACUGUGGGAUACCCGCUGUCCCAAGCCAGCGUCACAGAUGGGCUGCAAUGCCUCUGGCUACCUUGCUACUUCACUGGCUUGGCAUCCUCAGCAGAGUGAAGUCUUUGUCUUUGGUGAUGAGAAUGGGACUGUCUCUCUCGUGGACACCAAGAGUGCGGGCUGUGCGCUCAGUUCUGCUGUGCACUCGCAGUGUGUCACUGGGCUGGUGUUCUCGCCCCACAGUACGCCCUUCCUGGCCUCUCUCAGCGAAGACUGCUCGCUUGCUGUGCUGGACUCCAGCCUUUCCGAGGUGUUUAGGAGCCGGGCCCACAGAGACUUUGUCAGAGACGCUACUUGGUCCCCGCUCAAUCACUCCCUCCUUACCACGGUGGGCUGGGACCAUCAAGUCAUCCACCAUGCCGUGCCCACAGAGCCUCUCCCAGCCCCGGGACCUGAGAGUGUGGCCGAGUAGGUUGGAUUUCAGACGGCAAGCAGAUCUGCUCCCGUGCCCCGCCCCUCAGCGUGAGACAACCAGAGCCUUUUACAGAGGGGCGACACCCUAGAUCUGUGCGGUUAAUCCGCCCUGUCUCUGCCUGAGGGAGGCCGGAUUCUGGGAGCCUGUAGUCACAGAGAGGAAAGGCUUGGAACACGGGAAUGUAAGUGUGUAGGUGUGUGUGCAGAUCUCUAGUUGUUGGUGGUGGGAGGAAUCAACAAGAAAUCCAUCCCACAUCUUCCCCGAGCACCGCCCCCAGCCUCCCCUCCGCAGAUGUCCACUGCUUCCCGUGUAGCUGUCUCAGGAAUUGCCCGUGUCUGGGUGGGGUGUGGGAUGGGGGCACCCUGGGUUCUUGGAAGCAGCUCUCGAUGCCCCUCAGGGACAAGAGCAACAUUCUGAGCUCUUCUGUUCCCCAAACUUCAGCCCAGCUACUUUGAGGAAGAGGCAGGACACGCCACAGUGGUACACAAACUCCUUGCCGUUAAACCGAGUCAGAAACCAACUUUCUGGCUGGAGCGUGUGUGAAGCCCGUAGCUUCUCCUUCACGCCCCCAUCCCGCUCCCGAAUGAUGUGUGUGUGAGGGAUGAGUGUUCUGUCAGACUCCAUAAAGAAAAGUUUGGAGAUGAUGGAGGCUUAAAGACAUUUCAGUUAUAUUAGCAAACUGACAUAGACUGUUACAGAGAAAUCUCGGCUCCUUCUCCCACCCGAAAGCAGCCUGGCACCUGACCUCUCCUGCCCCUGGCCCCUUUCCCUGGAUAGAGGAAGUCUGCAUGCUGUGUCUGUGGACUCCGGAGGUUUUUAAUUCCAGCAUCAGAGAAUUAAAAAUGAUUGUUGAUGGAAUAAAGAGGCAUUGUCAGCCUGUG